GCGGCAUCCUCCGGCAGAGGAGGGUGUGUGAGGCAGUCGGCGCUAUGGCAACGGGCGGCCUGGUGGGGUAACCGGAAGCCUGCGGUCGACGGGCCCGGGGUCCGGGACAUUCAAGCCGAACUGAUCCGAUUAUUACGUUACGAGCGCCUGUCCUGCGGGCGAUCAUUGGUAUCCUCGCCUCUCCCGGAUCUGCCGCUUCGUCUCCGAUCUCCGGUGCCUGCUGCUGAAUGAUCCUUCCUCCAAUGUCGGCAUAGACUCGGUCGGUGACCCAGCGUGGCCCGUAGGCAGACUUUGCACUCUGAAAAGUCAACAGAAUGGAGGAAAAGAAACUGAAACGCAGAAGCCCCAAGGCCACUUCAAUUCAUCAGGCUCCUCCAGUGAACAGCAAAAAAAAUGUGGUGCCGAGUAAGACCACGGCUUUGAAUGCUGCCGGACAGACGGCUGCCCCAAAACAAAAACUAAAAAGGGUUGUUAUAGAGAAACCUAAACCACAGAGUUCAGCUGGAAAGAGCUCCCAGGCAGCCCCUAUUCAGCAUUCCUUCCUCACCGAUGUAUCUGAUGUGAAAGAGAUGGAGAGAGGACUGCUCAGUCUCCUAACCGACUUCCACUCUGGAAAGCUUCAAGCGUUUGGAAACGAGUGCUCCAUUGAGCAGAUGGAGCACGUGCGUGAGAUGCAAGAGAAGUUGGCGCGACUGCACUUUGACCUUUACAGCGACCUCGAAGAACCAGGGGACGAACAACGGAAUGUGGCCGUAGACGUGAACCUGGACAAACUACUGACGAAUUUGGAGGAGCUGAGCUCUUCGAUUCAGAAACUGAACCUGGCUGAUAAUCAAGAUGUCCCGAGAGCAUCCACCUCCUGAGGAAGGAUGGGAAGUCUCCAUUUUCGCCAUCACCGAAAUACCAAUUGACAGUUGUACUUGAUAAAGUAAUGGUGUGGGGUGUUUUUAUUACAGACAUUGUUCUCUUGCCCUUGCACUGCUUCUCGCUGGAAUUUCCAACAGGCUCUGCCGUGAAGAUCAGAGAGUACCCACAACUAACUGCUAACUGGUCUUCACGACUCCGCUCACCACCGCGGCCAGUCUCAGAGAAUGGGAUGAACCAGUGGUCCAACAAUCAGCUGCCUUUCAUGAUGUUACUUGUCCAUUGUAUGUAAGGGCCUAGCACUGCUGGGGUACCGAGCACGUGGUUGUAAUCAGACCAUGUUCUGCCAGCUUGCUCUCAGCAUGUCAAGAGUCAGGUUCUUUACACAAUUUGCAUCUAUUAUUUUGCCGUUAGUGGAAAUUUGGUUCUCGCUGAGGAUGAAGGUGAUAAGAUUUUCUUACUUUGCAAGCUUCUGCUUUGGUACAAUGCUCUUUGCUCCCAUCACCUAACGUCAGGAGGUUCCUCAGUGCUACACGUCCAUUGGUCCCAAGGUGACUGUUGAGCCCACAUGCCCUGUCCACAUCAGGUGGUGGUGGUAGUCAGGCUAAGAGUCAUGGCCAAUAAACAAUCUGUUGGAGGAACUCAGUAGGUCAAUCAGCAUAUGGGGGUGAAAGGACCCCAAACGUCACCAAUUCCUUCGUCCCCUCCUCCUUCUACGGAUGCUUCUCAACCUGCUGAAUUCCCCCAGCAGCUUGUUUGUUGCUCAAGAUUCCAGCAUCUGUAGCCUCUUGUGUCUCCUAUGAGUCACAACCUUAAGAUGGCCUGCAGGGUUGCUGCUUUUUCGGCACAGUGGUGCAGCCGGUAGUAUUGCUGCCUUACAGUGCCAGAGACCCAAGUUCGAUCCUGACUACGGACACUGUCAGUACUUUCUCCCUGUGACCGCACAUGUUUCUCCAGGUACUCCAGUUUCCUCCCACACUCCAAAGACCUACAGAUUUGUAGGCUAAUUGGCUUUGGUGAAAUUGUAAAUUGUCCCUAGUGUGUAGCAUAGUACUAGUGUACGGGGUGAUCACUGGUCAGCGCGGACUCGGUGGGCCGAAUGGGCUGUUUCUGCCCUGUAACUCUUGUCUAAAGGGUAAGAGGAUGGGUGUAGGAAGGGGUCUCUGGCCAGGGAUACAUAGGCUUUCCUGCUUGUUCUACGGUCAUAGUCUGUAGCUUCAGAGAUCCCGUCUGGAGAGGGAGCAGUUGUAUGAUUCAGUGUCUCAAGAGGCAGGCUGGGACCUGCAUGGAGAGGGGAAAGAAAGGACAUUCUGAUCCUCGGAUAAUUGAACUAAUGGAUGCAGGAUGAACUAGUUCCCUGAUCUCCACCACAAUUAGCAGACCAAGUAAUUAGCCCUAUGGAUUAUCAGUCUGUAGCUUAUAUUGAUGACUGCUAUUUUAGUACAGUGAAUCUGGGGAAAGAGUGCUGAAAAAAACCGGAUUUGAAAUCCUGACAUCCCGAAUUGAAGUGACAGCAACCAGUGAACCAUGGGUACUUCAUCUUGUUUGUAUCUGCUCAACAGAAAAUCCUCUGGAUCAGUGAUCCAUAUGGAGGUGAGGGAAGGGAGCAUUUCCCAAGCUUUCUGUUUUAUCUCACUUUCUGCAAGGGGGGUGCAGGAGCGUGGUGCCCUGAGCGAGCUGGUGCAUUGUUUGCCAGUGCUUGUUGAACCAACUGUAUGAAUCCUAUUGCUGCUAGGGAGUUUCCCAGCCCACUACAUAUGUCCUGUCCCUCUCUGUGAUAUCACAGCACUUUAUUAGUCGGGUUAAGGGAGUAGAGAUGGGAUGGGGUGGGGAGGAUGUUGGGCUUUUAUUUGGGUGCCGCAGUUUAAUCCAAGCUUUAUUGCACAUUACUGGCAAUGUUCUUGUGUUUACAAUUCAUAUUAGUGCAAUUGCAGAAGACUCCCAUUCAACACAUUGCUUAGACUGUAUAAAAGAGUGAAUGUGAUUUUCUGUGUACAGCAGUCUUCACUGAUCUAGUGCAUUAACUUUCAUGUGUGCUGCCAUUUUGUAUUGUGUACCAGUUUUAAUUCGCUUCAGCAGGGAGAGGGUUGUCUGAUUAAAACCCAUUCCUCUGAAGUUGGGAACAGUGUCGCCUGGCACCGUGGCUUUUUAUCCAGUAUUCGCACAGGCCAGUGAGAGAUUCUGUCCCUUCAAGCCAAAAGCCAGAAUAGCGAUUUAUAAUGACACUACCUGCUAAUUAUUCCACUGUUAAUCAUAUAUACUCCCAAUCCUGCUUCUCAUGGUGGGUAGAGGUUAUAGUGGUGUACUGAAUGAAGGACAGAGACUGUUGUUAAAUGCAUGCAGCACUGUCUCUGCUGAGUAUUGGUGUGCACUCUCUUUGUAUCUGUGCUCAUAAUAAAAUCAAAAUAUUAUCUGACUGUC